UCGAAGGCGGGAAAAGCCUCGCGCAUGCGCGGCUCGGAGCGUCGGGCUCGCCAGGAUGGGGAAGGGGAGGUGGAGUUUCCAAGAGGGAGCUUGACCCGUUAGCAGCCGCGGCCAUGGCGGCGCGCUCGCCGCCCUCACCGCUCCCUCCGCCCCCAGAGCGGCGUUUGGGACCCUGGUCCCCACGUGUUGGGCGGGGAGCUGUGGUACACACAGUGUCCUGCGAGGCCACGGGGCUUGCCGGCGGAGCGCGGGAGGGCGUCGUGGACAAAAGCGAUAUCUCUUUGCGGGGCGAAGAAGGGUCAGGGGGCCGGCGAGGGCCAGGGCGGGCAGCUCCGGCUCAGGCUCCCCUCCUCAGCGCGCCCGCGGGGUCCAGGCGGCUAGAGGGCAUCUCGGUAGAGGAGGCGAUGGUGACCCGGACGCAGCUGCUAGAGGACGAGCUGAGCAGCCUAAAGGAGGAGCUGGCCCUGUGUCAGGCUGAUAAAGAAUUUGUAUGGUCUUUGUGGAAACGGCUCCAGGUGACACACCCAGAUCUCACACAAGCGGUCAGUUUGGUUGUGGAAAGAGAAAAACAGAAAUCUGAAGCUAAAGACAGAAAAGUUUUAGAAAUUCUGCAAGUCAAGGAUGCUAAAAUACAGGAAUUGGAACAGAGAGAAUCAGAAUUAAAACAAGAAAUAAAUGACCUUGUAAAACGGAAGAUUACAGUAGAUGAAGAAAAUGCUUUCUUAAGGAAAGAAUUCAGUGACUUGCAGAAGAAAUAUAAAGAUAAAAGUCAAGAAAUUAAGGACACUAAGGAGUGUGUACAGAAUAAGGAAGAGCAAAACAGAAUGGUUAUAAAAGAUCUGGAGGAGGAAAAUGAGAAAUUAAGUACCCGCUGCGCUGACCUGCUAAAUGACCUGGAGAAACUGAGGAAGGAGGAAGCACAUUGGAGGAAAGAAAAAUAUAGCGUUGAUGCGAAAAUAAAGGCCUUUGAAGACAGUCUAAUCGAAGCAAGGAAAGAAAUUGAAGUAUCACAGAGUAAAUAUAAUGCUCUAUCAUUACAGUUGAAUAAUAAAGAAACUGAACUUAUGCAGAAGGAUAUGGAUAUUACCCUGGUCAGGAAGGAGUUGCAGGAGCUGCAGAAUCUUUACAAACAGAACAGUGCACAUACAGCACAGCAAGCAGAGCUGAUCCAGCAGCUUCAGGUUCUGAAUAUGGACACACAGAAAGUACUGAGGAAUCAGGAAGAUGUUCACAUAGCUGAAAGUAUAUCAUAUCAAAAACUUUACAAUGAGUUACAUAUUUGUUUUGAAACCACGAAGUCAAGUGAAGCUAUGCUCCGGCAAAGUGUUGUUAGUCUUCAGGAUCAGCUAUUUCAAAAAGAGCAAGAAAAUGCUAAAUUAAAGGAAAAUCUUCAGGGAUCACAAGGAGCACCCUAUCCUUAUCCUCAAGAAAAUGAUUCAGACCACUCAGAACAGAUAUCCCAACGGCCAUCUUUAUCGAGCUUAGAAACCUUAAUGGUCUCACAGAAGUCUGAAAUUGAGUAUUUACAGGAGAAACUGAAAAUAGCAAAUGAAAAACUGUCAGAGAACAGAUCUACCAACAACGGUUCCUCAGAGAAGAGCAUCCUGACAAGUGCUGACGGGAAACAUAAGGAACCACCUGUGAAACGUUCAAGGUCUUUGUCCCUAAAGAGCUCUUUCACAGACUCAGAGGAACUAAGGAAGCUGAGAAACGCUGAAAGAAAGAUUGAAAACUUAGAGAAGGCACUACAACUAAAGAGCCAAGAAAAUGAUGAGCUAAGAGAUGCCCAUGAAAAACGCAAGGAAAGGCUACAGAUGUUACAGACCAACUACAGAGCAGUAAAAGAGCAAUUAAAACAGUGGGAAGAAGGCAGUGGCAUGACUGAAAUCAGAAAAAUAAAGAGAGCAGAUCCCCAGCAACUUCGACAAGAAGAUUCUGGUGCUGUGUGGAAUGAACUGGCCUAUUUCAAAAGGGAGAACCAGGAGCUAAUCAUCCAAAAGAUGAAUCUUCAAGAAGAAUUGGAUAAACUUAAAGUACAAAUAUCUCUUGAUAAGGCAACAAUACAAGAAUUGAAUACACGUCUGGCUGAGAAAAGAGAAGAACAACUCUUUAGAUAUGGUGAAGAUGAUGGGGUCAAGAAGAGUACUCCAGAGAAGAAUGAGAAAGAAAUGUUGGAGCAGACAUUACAGAAGGUCAUUGAAUUGGAAAAUAGGGUAAAAUCUUUUGAGACAAGGUCGAGAAAAUUAAAAGAAGGGAAUAAAAAAUUAAUAAAAGAAAAUGAUUUCCUGAAAUCCCUCAUAAGACAGCAGCAAGAAGAUGCAGUUGCCAGAGAAAAAGAGCUAGAACAGCUACAAAAUGAGAGUAAAGAUGUAGAAAAAGACAAAACUGAACUUCAAGUAAAAAUCAGUGAGCUGGAGAGAGAAGUCACUUCCCUGAGGAGACAAGUGGCAGAAGCUAAUGGGUUGAGAAAUGAAAAUGAAGAGCUGAUGAAUUCAAUGGAGAAAUUGCAGCAUUCAGCAGACAAAGUGAAAUCUGAGAUGACCACCACGAAGAUGAGAUCUGGACAAUACGAUUGUAAGACAACCACUACCAAGGUUAAACUUAAAGCUGCCAAGAAAAAGUGCCCUGUGGGUCGUUACCACACUGUUCUCAAUCACUCCAUCAAGGUUAUGAGCAAUGUGUUUGAGAACCUCAACAAGGACGGCUGGGAGGAUGUGAGUGAAAGCAGCAGUGAUUCUGAAACACAGACCUCUCAAAAUGUGGGAACUAUUAUUGUAGAAACAUCCCAGAAAAUAAGUCCUAUAGAAGAUGGAAGAGACCAGAAGGAAAGUGACCAAACGCAAGACAGCCAAAUACAACAAAAAGAAAUAGUACAAAUAUAUUCAAAUAUAGAUGGCAAGACCCCAAAGGAUUAUCAAUACAAGAAUGCCAAAAAACCAACUUUUCAAAAGAAGAAUGAUAAUAUUCAAAAGAGUUCACACACAACACUUCCUACCAGAGUUAACAGAGAAAAGUGGAAAAAUAUAACUGCCCAGAAAUCAAGUAGCAGUAUUAUUUUAUUACGAGAGCGGAUUAUAUCCUUGCAACAACAAAACAGUGUACUUCAGAAUGCCAGAAAAACAGCAGAAUUGUCUGUUAAAGAAUACAAAGAAGUCAAUGAAAAGCUUCUUCAGCAGCAACAAGCAUCUGAUCAACGAUUUCAGACGAGUAGACAGACUAUAAAGAAACUAAAUUUGGAUUUGGCUGCGCUUCGGAAAGAAAAAGAAGAUUUACUGAAGAAAUUAGAGUCCUCAUCUGAAAUCACAAGUUUGACAGAAGAAGUUUCCCAGGUAACAGUUCCACGGAUGCAAGUUACAUCACUUGGUACUUCAAGGAGCAUGGACUUGGAAAUGAAGCAAUUGCAGUGUAAACUAAAGAAUGCAACUAAUGAACUCACUAAACAGUUGUCAAACGUGAAGUCUCUGAAAUUUGAACUCCUGGCAAAAGAAGAACACAUAAAGGAAAUGCAUGAAAAGCUGUCUCGAAUGGAGAGGGACAUAACCAUGAAAAGACAUUUGAUAGAGGACUUGAAAUUUCGACAGAAAGUGAAUUUGGAAAGUAAUGAGAGUGUUAAUGAAAUGUUAGAAAAUCUUGAAAAAAAGGUGCAGACAUUGACUGAGGAGUGCUCCAACAAGAAGGUAUCUAUUGAUUCACUAAAGCAGAGACUCAGCGUCGCUGUGAGAGAGAAGUCACAGUAUGAACAGAUGUAUCAGAAAACUAAAGAGGAAUUAGAAAAAAAGGAUCUCAAGCUUAACAUCCUAGUAUCAAAAGUAAAUGAGACUGAAUCUGCCAUGGCAGAAAUUGAAACAGCAGCAUCUAAACAUCUUCAAGGAUUAGCAUUGCAAAGUGAGCAGGCCCUAGAAGGGGCACAGAAGAAGUUGCUGUUAGCCACUGAGAAAGUGGAGGAGUUCACCGUAUUUGUGAAGGCAGGCAGUAUUCCUCCCUUAACCCUUCUAGAAAAAUCUAAAAAGAACAGCUCUGGUUUCAGAGGUACCAGGCGCUACAGCCGAGAAUCUGGGGACUGCUCUGCUCCUUUUAAUCCCACGGCUUUGGUCAAAGAGUUACAAACUGAUGUCCAUUCGAUAAGGCGACAUAUCAGAGAGCUUAAAAAAAUGCGGAAAAACAGGGACGCUUAUAAAACAUCAACCCAUAAAGCCCAGACCUUGGCAGCUUCUAUCCUGAACAUUUCACAGUCAGAUCUAGAGGAAAUAUUGGACACGGAAGAUGAAGUGGAAAUUGAAAGGACAAAGAUGGAUGCUGAGAAUGACAAGGAAUGGCUGUUGUACAUUCAGAAACUUCUUGAAGGACAGAAUAACAUCCCAUUACAUGGAUGUACCACAGUUGGCUUAUCCAUCUACCCAUCAGAGGACAUAGGUAAUUAUAUAUCAUGGGCUGUGGCCAAUAGUUUGGCUGAAUAGUCAGAGACUUGGAAGGAACAUUGUUGGAAAAUUGGUGACAAGGAAGUCUGGGGAAGAGAUAUGUAAGUAGACUUCACUGAAUGGAUGAAAAAGGUGAAGACUUUUGUGUCCCAUGUGAAUGCUCACCAAAGGAUGACCUCAGCAGAGGAGGAUUUUAAUAUUCAAGUGAAUAGGACAAACUGUUCUGUGGAUACCAGUCUGCCUCUUUCCCCAGCCACCCCUGCCAUCUCCCAGAUGGACAGAGUGGCUAUGGUGGCAGGGAUGGAGGUUACGCAUGGACUUCCGCUGACCAAGGCCGACCUGGCUACAGCCACUGUUGGGUUCCCAAUUGCCAGAAGCAGAGAACAACACUGAGUCCCUGAUAUGAAAAAUUUUUCCAGGGGUGAUCAGCCAGCUACCUGGUGGCAGGUUGAUUACAUUGGACUGUUACCAUCAUGGAAGGGGCAGCAUUUUAUUCUUAGUAGAAUAGACACAGAUUUGCCUUUCCUGCACACAAUGCUUCAGCCAAAACUACCAUCUGUGAACUUACAGAAUGCUUUAUCUACCAUCGUGGUACUUCACACAGCAUUGCUUCUGAUCAAGGAACUCACUUCACAACAAAUGAAGUGGGUCAGUGGGCCCAUGCUCAUGGAAUUCGCUGGUCUUAUCAUGUUCCCCACCAUCCUGAAGCAGCUAGUUAGAUAGAACAGUGGAAUGGCCUUUUGAGAACUCAGUUACAGUGCCAGCUAGGUGGCAGUACCUUGCAACACUGAAGCAAGGUUCUCAAGGAGGCUGUAUAUGCUUUGAAUUAGCAUCCAAUAUAUGGUGCUGUUUUUCCCACAGCCAGGAUACAUGGGUCCAGGAAUCAAGGAGUGGAAAUGGGAGUGGCACUACUCACUAUUACUCCUAGUGACCCACUAAAGAAAUGUUUUCUUUCUGUCCCUGUGACCUUGUACUCUGCUGGCCUAGAGGUCUUAGCAUCAAAGAAAGGAAUGCUUCCAAUAGGAGACACAACAAUGAUUCCACUGAAUUGGAAGUUAAGACAACCACUCAGCCACUUUGGGCUCUGCAUGCCUCUGAAUCAACAGGCCAAGGAGGCAGUUUCUGUGCUGUUGGGGUGACUAAUUUUGACCACUAAGGGGCAAUUGGACUUCUACUCCACAAUGGAGUAUGUCUGGAAUACAGGAGAUCCCUUAAACCAUCUCUUAGUAUUUAAUUUAAUACCAUGGCCUAUGAUUAAAGUCAAUGGGAAGUCAAUGGAAAACCCAACCUAGGCAGGACUACAGACAGCCCAGACCCUUCAGGAAUGAAGGUUUGGGUCACCCCACCAGGUGAAGAACUUCAACCAGCUGAGGUGCUUGCUGAGGGCAAAAGGGAAUACAGAAUGGGUAGUGGAAGAGGGGAGUUAAAUACCAGCUACAACCACACAACUGUUUACAGAAGUGAGGACUAUAAUUAUCAUGAGUAUUUCCUCCUUACUUCAUUAUGAAUGUGUGUGUGUGUGAAGUUAACAAGGAGUGAACUUGUGGUAGUUAAUUUUAGGUGUCAAGUUGGCUCAUCCACGGUGCCAGAUAUAUGGCACCAUACGCCAAAUAUUCUGAAUUUUCUAUGAGAGUGGUUUUGGAUGAAAUUGACAUUUAAAUCAGUGGACUUUGAGUAAAGCAAAUUGCCCUCCAUAAU